AUGGACACGGCGUGCGUUGCGCUGAGCGGCACGGCGCGGCCCAGCAAAGGCGGCAAGGGGGGCGGGGCGCCCACCCCGUCGACGGGCGGCUCGACCUACCCGGGCGGCAGGGGCCCGCCGCCGCCCCGUAAGAGCGUGCCGCCCUCCAGCAGGAAGCCCCGGCAGCGUGGCUUCCUCAACACGCUGCUCUGCUGCUUCGGGAGCAAUAACCAAGGUGCUAGCAACCCCGUGAUUGCUGAGGAGAAUGGCCAGUACUCGCCCAAGGUGAGCGGUCAGCAGCAGCAGCAACAGCAGCAGCAGCAGGUGUCCUCCAAGCGCCAGCAGCAGGCCCCGCCGUGCGGUGCCUCGCCCAUUGCCCAGGUGCAACAGAACCAGGCGGCGGCCCCCGUGUUGGCACGCGAGUAUGCCGCCCAGGAGUACACCAAGAUCAGUAACACCAACCUGCUGCAGGGCAAGUUCCUGCUGCCACCUGUGCGGCAUCAGGACAUGCACAAGAUCUGCCUCAUCAUUGACCUAGACGAGACAUUGGUCCAUAGCUCAUUCAAGCCCAUCAGCAAUGCUGACUUCGUGGUGCCUGUGGAAAUUGACGGCACAGUGCACCAGGUUUAUGUCCUCAAGAGGCCUUACGUGGACGAGUUUUUGCAGCGAGUCGGCGAUGCCUACGAAUGUGUCUUAUUCACAGCCAGCCUUGCAAAGUAUGCUGAUCCUGUGGCUGACCUGCUGGACAAAUGGGGUGUCUUCCGGGCACGGUUAUUCCGGGAGUCGUGCGUCUUCUACCGAGGAAACUACGUCAAACGUUUUCCACCUGUGCAGGACCUUGGUCGGCUGGGCCGGGACCUGCACCGGGUGGUGAUAAUUGACAACUCGCCGGCCUCAUACAUCUUCCAUCCCGACAAUGCAGUGAGUAGUUGCAUGUAUUACUGCUCAUAGUGGCAGAAAUAUAUG